GCCACCAUGAUGCUCUACAGUCACCUGUUGCUCUUUGUCUACAUCCUCACCUUCCUGAUGGGGGUCCCCGCCAACAUCCUGGCAUUCUGCACCUUCUGCCGCAAGGUGCGUCGCAAGGCCAACCCCAUCGACAUCCUCCUCCUCAACCUCACCAUCUCCGACCUCAUCUUCCUCCUGUUCCUGCCGUUCAAAUUGAAGGAGGCCUCGGACGACAUGGCCUGGCUGCUGCCCUUCCCCCUGUGUCCCUUCACCAGCUUCCUGUUCUACGUCACCAUCUACAACAGCACGCUGCUCCUCACGGCGGUGAGCGUGGAGCGGUACCUGGGCGUGGCCUUCCCCCUGAGGUACGCCGCGUGUCGCAGGCCUCGCUACGCCGUGAUGGCCAGCGUGGCCUUCUGGCUGGUGAGCUCUCUGAACCUCAGCAUGGUCUACAUCAUACCCCACGUCCAGUGGAGCAAAGGGUCAGAUGGUGAGAACCCCAACGGCAGCAGCAGCGCACCCCCACUCACCUGCUACCAUAACUUCUCACCGGACGAGCUAGAGAUCAUUCUGCCGUUCCGCCUGGAGCUCUUCAUCGUCCUCUUCUGCAUCCCCUUCUUCAUCUGCUGCUACUGCUACGUCAACUUCAUCCUCAUCCUGUCACAUCUCCCGAACAUCGGCCGGCUGGUGUGGCAGCAACUGCCCCGGGCUCUGCGGACCUUCGCCCAGAGCCAAAGUCAGGCUGACCAGUGGACAAGAACAAAGGAAUACAGGUUUCCUAUCCUGAAUGUGAGUCCUGCAGUGAGGCAGUGGAGAGAAGAGAGCGGCCGACUGCUCACCCUCAGGACUCCAGCACUGGGCACUUUCAACACCUCUGCAGGGAAACAGCUCUACUGUAGCUGUGUGAAGGUCCUGAACUGCCGCUCUCUUGCAGGAGUCAGGGGGUCGAGAUGGACGGAGGUUUUUGGCUCGGACUAUUCCCCUAGUGGCAGCCGGCGGGCCUCAGCCUCGGUGCUCGGCUCGGACUCCGGCGUUUUGAUUGAACGCACCGGGUCGCUCGCGUCUGCCGGCCGGGACGCUGACCUCUCUGCCCGCGUCGGCCUGGAAGUAACGGCCGAUUAUCGCCGUCGCACUGAGCAGGAAUGUGAUGUGCUCUCAGUGGGACGCAGAGGCAUUAAAAUGAAAGAACUCAUCGAGAGGAUCAAAGAUUAUAGAGACGUGUCUGGACGCAUCGUGUAUACGUGA